AUGGGUCGCUUCUCAUUAUUCGCUCCUCUCCUGCUGGCGACCAACGGUGUCUUGGGCGCUAAAUGGAUUGGUGAGGUCAAGAAGGUGGAUGGCGUUGACUACCAGUGCAAAUGCUACUCCGACAACUCCUGCUGGCCAACCAACAAAGACUGGUCGAAGCUCAACCAGACCGUCUCGGGCGCACUGCAGCUCGCCAUACCACCAGGCGCUGUUUGCUACACCAACUUCGGAAAUGGAACUAGCGUCUACGAUGCGGCGAAAUGUGCGGACACUCAAGCCAACUGGGCAAAUGAGCAAUGGCUAACUGAUCACCCCGUCGCUGAGCUCUGGCCGUUCAAAACCAACAACACUUGCAUGCCGACGGACGACCCGUCGGGUAGUUGCACACAAGGCAUGUACGGAAAGUACGUCAUCAUGGCGACUACAAGGGAACAGAUCAAAGCGGGUGUGGACUUUGCUCGAGAGCGCAACCUUCGUUUGAUCAUCCGUAAUACUGGUCACGACUUCAUGGGCCGUUCGACCGGAUACGGUUCACUCAUCAUCAACACCCACAGCUUCAGAGACGUCAAGUUCCUGAAGAAGUACACUGGACCUGGAGACUGGAAGGGCACAGCAGCUAUCGUCGGCGCUGGUGUCCAGGGCCGCGAGCUGUUCCGACAGUGCUUCAACCAGAGUCCCAAGGUAGUCAUCGUUGGAGGAGAGUGCCCAACCGUCGGCUGGGGCGGUGGCUACAUCCAAGGAGGCGGCCACGGCCCACUAACCGGCAUCUACGGUAUGGGCGCCGACAACGUCCUCUCCUUCGACGCCAUCACCGCCGAGGGUAAAUACGUAACCGCCAACGCCAAAGAAAACUCCGACCUCUUCUGGGCUCUCAAGGGCGGCGGCCCCAGCUCUUUCGCCGUCGUCGUCGCCAUCACCGUCAAGACCUUCCCUGAGGUCCCCACCGCCGGCACGAUCCUCAACAUCAACUCAACCCACACCAACGACACCGAGCUGUUUGCCAAGGGCGUCCACAUCUUCCACAACCUGGCCAACCACUACAGCUCGCACGGCAUGUUCGUCUACUUCGAAGUAGGCCCCGGCCCCCAACGCCUGCACAUCGCGCCUUUCGUCGGCCCCAAAAUGAACAAAGAACAACUCGAAGCGGUCAUGGCACCCCUCUACGAACAGUUGGACGCCGCCGGCGUCCCCUACGACACCCACACCAAAGCCUUCGCCACAUUCUUCGAAUUCUACAUCGACAUGUUCGAAGACGAGCCCCCGAACCAGCAAUCUAUCGUCGGCGGCCGCCUCUUCACACAAUCCGACAUCACAGCCCACGGCGACGAAAUCGCAGAUGCGCUCAUCUACGCCGCGAUGCCUGAACCCACGCAACUCGGCUUCAACGUCGGGCACAUUGUUAACCCCGGUCGUGCGUAUCCCGUCGUCGACAAUGCAAUUCACCCGACCUGGCGCAACGCCAGCUCCUUCGUCAUCACGAAUGUGCUUAUGACGGGGACUGAGCCGUGGGAGGUUAAGAAGGAACGCGAGGACUUCAAUACCAAUGUCCUUGGGAAGAGGUUGAGGGAUGUGAGUCCUAAUGGGGCGAGUUAUGUGAACGAGGGGGAUUUGAAUGAGCCGAAUUGGCAGGAAGCGUACUGGGGCAGUAAUUACAAGAGGUUGUUGCAGAUUAGGCGGAAGUGGGAUCCGGAAGGUGUGUUUUUUACGGAGACGACGCCUGGGACGGAGAAUUGGAGUGUGUUGGAUUAUGGGACGAAACUUUGUAAGAAGUCGUCUAAGUAG